ACCUCCAGCUGCCAUGGGUGCUGGUCCUGAGGACACGGGAAACGCGGGCUCGAGGGUCCAGACCCUGUUUCAGAGGAUCAAGACCUGGCUCUUCAGCCCCUCCUCCCCGCCCCCGAUCUCGCCCUCACCCCCGAUCUCGCCCCCGCCCUCGCCCCCUCCCUGCUCCUGGAGCCCCGGCUGUACCCAUGUGUACGGGUACGUGUUUGGUCACCUGGGUGAGGACCAUCCUGACCAUCUCCCAUCCCAGCAGGUGCUGGACACGGGAGAGCAGUUGAUGGUCCCUGUGGCGGUCCUGGAGGUGCAGAACGGCGGCGCCCUCUGGAAGUUCCUGCUGUCGGGAGCCAUGGCCGGGGCGGUGUCCCGCACGGGCACUGCGCCUCUGGACCGCGCCAAGGUGUACAUGCAGGUCUACUCCUCCAGGAACAACCUCAUGAACCUGCUCGGGGGGCUCAGGAGCAUGGUCCAGGAGGGGGGCGUCCGCUCGCUGUGGCGGGGCAACGGCAUCAACGUGCUCAAGAUCGCGCCCGAGUACGCCAUCAAGUUUGCCGUCUUCGAGCAGUGUAAGAACUACUUGUGCGGAGAGCACGGGUCCCCGCCCUUCCAGGAGCGGCUGCUGGCCGGCUCCCUGGCCGUGGCCAUCUCGCAGACGCUCAUCAACCCCAUGGAGGUCCUCAAGACCAGGCUGACCCUGCGCCGUACUGGCCAGUACAUGGGGCUGCUGCACUGCGGGAGGCAGAUCGUGUCGCGGGAGGGCGCCCAGGCCCUGUACCGCGGCUACCUGCCAAACAUGCUGGGCAUCAUUCCUUACGCCUGCACCGACUUGGCCGUCUACAAGAUGCUACAGUGCUUAUGGUUGAAGUCAGGCAGGGAUAUGGAGGACCCCAGUGGCCUGGUCAAUCUGUCCUCUGUGACACUGUCCACAACUUGUGGACAGAUGGCCAGUUAUCCACUGACUUUGGUGCGCACCCGGAUGCAAGCACAAGACACCAUGGAGGGCCCCAACUCCACCAUGAGCGGAGUCUUUCGGCAGAUCCGGGCCGAGCAGGGCUGGAGGGGGCUGUAUCGAGGCGUGACUCCCACAUUACUGAAGGUGUUGCCAGCGGGUGGCAUCAGCUAUGUGGUGUAUGAAGCCAUGAAGAAAAUGCUGGGCGUGUAGGCCAUGAGCUGGAUGGCACGCCCUAAGGAGAGAGGACUGGAUGCCUCGGGGCUCUUGGGCCCCGAAGAGCCCACCAGGGGCCGGAAGAGCCCGCCAGGGACUCCAAGGAGCCCACCAGGGCCCUAAAGAGCCCGCCGGGGACCCGAAGAGCUCCCUGGUGCCGUUUUUGGUUCAAAAAUCUGCUAGGGACUCCCCUCAGAAGAUGCCUGGGUCCCUCCCCAGCUACAGCGUGAGACCUGAGUUUGGUCUCCAGCCCGGCUUCUGCCUGGCUCGUCCUGGCUCCAGGACUACAUGGUGACUGCGGAGAUACAGUUUCUGCGGGACGUGUCCGGGAUGCGUGAUUCGAGGAGGGGAGCCGGAAUCUGAGAUCCUUGGUUGCACAGUGGGAGCAAGGGGCUCAGAUCCCUUAAGGCAGUACAGACGGAAAAAAGCGGGGGAGAGGAGCUGGUCGCAGGAGUCCCGGAAAUUAGGGGCUCUAGAUCCCCUCUGAGUUUCCUCCGACUCUAAGGCCACCUCGAUUCCUGUAACAUCCGAUCUGCAAGGCUUCAAGCAGGCCACGUGCCGGGCCUAGCCAGCCUGGCCUCUGGGCUCUAACCCAGACUGCAGGCCCGAGUUCGGAGAGCCGGUCACCACCGCCCACGUAGCCUGCCAUUCACUCUGGCUUCGGCUAAUCCCCUCUCUCUGUCUGAUGACCGACUCCGCCCCAACGCCGCUGCGCUUCCACUGGCUCCCACCAAAACGGCAAUCUUAUUAACUUCGCUGCCAUUUGUCCAGAGCAGUGUCAGUCAUCUAACACCCGCCCCUGGCGCUCAGCUAUUGGUUUAAGAAGUGAAGGCUAGAAAAGGAUUCUGGUUUAUAAGAAAAGCAAUUAAGAGCAAAUCCAAGCUCGUCACUCUAUACUUAUUAGUGAUUGGAUUAAACUGACUGACAAUCACUACAA